UCGGAUAUUAAUUAAAAUUAUGGAAACCGGCGUUUACAUUAACGGCGCUCCUGCCACAACACCAACUUGCAACGAAAUAAGUAUCAAUGGUAUUUCUAAUGGAGUGCCGUCAUCAGAAGUGGGAUGGACUCCCCCAUCUUCAUUGGAUGCAAAUGAGCAGUUGCGCCAAAUAUUGGAACAGCAAAAUCGACAAUUUAUUGAACUAUUCAAAGCGGUACAGUCACCACCAAAAUCCACCAGACAGGGCGGAAGUAUUACACUACCAAAAUUUAACCCUGACGUUUUGGGUGUAGAUGCGAUUUCCUGGUGCUCAACUGUGGACGUAAUAAUGGCAGACAAUCCUUUAGAAGGCAGUACACUUAUUAUAGCCCUCAGUAAGUCAAUGGAGGGGUGUGCAUCGCAAUGGUUGUCUCAAAUAUGCUAUGCGGGAAUUACUUGGCAACAAUUUAGAGAGUUGUUUGUGCAGCGAUUUGGAGGUAUUGAGACACCAGCAGCUACUAUGAUUGAUCUAUUCAAUGGUCACCCAAAUGAUAAUUAG